AAAGCUCGAAAGUCGAAAUUCGAAUGUCAAUGGAAGCGAACAGUGGAGCGUGUUUUGUUUUGUGUUUCGUGUUUAUUUUUGUUUAAUUUGAAAAAAUGGUCAAAUGUUUUAUGUGUGUUCGCCUGUAUGGAUAAAAUAUAACGUCGUGGUUUUUUCAAAGUGAAUUCAUAAUGGCUAUUCCACCGUUCCCACCGCAGGAUUUAGCAAAAUUAGUCCUAGGAUAUCUUGCCGAAGAAGAAUUAAUGACAGCAUAUGAUGAAUUUCUUCAAGCCAGUCCAUAUUUAGAUGCCUUCCGGAAUGAAUAUGACAGAAUAUUUAUGACAUCGCUCCGGACUAUUUUGGCUGAUUAUAGAGCAGUUAAAAUACAUGUGGAAACAUGUAAGCCACAUUUGUUGCGCAAAAAGUUACUUCAAUGUACAAAUCUAUUUGAAAUAGUUAAAUUUCUUAUCAGCCUCAUUGACCACCAUAAAUUAUAUGCAGAUGAUCUUGAAAAACCCAGUUUCCAGAAAUCCAGUGUGCCAAAGGGAACAUAUGAAGUAUGUAAUCAACUGAAUUUGAAAACAUGUGUUUGUAACGGCAAAACAUCAACAACAACACUUGCUACACAGUCGAUAAACAAAGAACAUUCCACUUAUGAUAACUCUGUGGAGGCAACCUCUUUGGAAGAUUUACCUGGAAAUUCAAAAUGUGGCUCAAAACCAGAAGUAGAGUUGAAAAACAGUAUUUCAAUAAGCAUAGAUCAGAAAGAUGGCCAGGAUGCAAAACAGGAUAAAAAUAAUUUGAGUAGCACUUCUAUCAAACAAGCUACUUAUGAUUUAAGCACCAUAAGUCAUAAUUGUCUAUCUGUUAACCAAAUACCACAAAUGACAAAAGCAAGUUGCAUAGAUUCUAAACAAAAGAUUGAAGAAUUCAACAACAUUUUGAAUGUUGUGUGUAACAAAAGUGUUACAAAUGAAAAGUUAUACGAUAAUAUUAUAUCCAAUAGAAUUUCAAAUGAAGAAAACUUUCAAGAUUUUGCAAAUGGUAUUUUUGGUAACAAUCAAGAUAGAGUCACCAAGGUACCUGAUUCAAGUACAACAGAUAUGGUCAUGCCCCUGGCAAUGCAAACUGCCAAAGAAACUUUAAUAAGCAAUAUUAAAGGUCCACCAAGACUAAUAGAAUACCAGCCAGCUAACAAUCUUGCUAGUCCCAUUGUACAGUGCCAAAAUAUCACAGGAGACAACUCGCAAACACACUUGGGGAAUAAUUAUAAAGUUAUAGGCAAUAAAAUUAGAAUAUUGUCAGAUGUGAAAAUAGAUAAACAAUGCAAUGUUAUGCCAAUUUUGAAGGGAAAUGUUACAUCAACAACUCCUCAAUCGGGGCAUACUUUAAUGAUUAAUGGGCCACCUGGCCUAAGACAGAGAGACAUAAGGAGGGGCUCCAAUUACUCUAAGGAUGAAAUAAUGGCAAUGCCUACAUUGAUCAUAGUUCCAACUUCAGGACCAUAUAAUAUUAUUACUAGGCCAACUUCAUCUACUGCAAAUAAUUUGCAGAAUGAUGCAAAUAAUAAAAUUGAACCAACAAUUGAAGUUUCUACAAUUUCUCCAAAACGCAGACCACUCUUUAUUGAAGUGCCUUCAGACAAUACAUCAGUUCCAAAAGAUCAAAAACCUACUCAGAUGAAAGAUGUAGGUCUUGUAAAAACUGUUGAUUCUGUGACCCAUGCUUCUUUACCAAAGGAUAAUACAGCUCCCAGUAAGACGAGCACCCCUCACGUAUUACCACCGUUAAGGAAAUCGUCAUCUACACCGAGACGCUCAUCACAUGUACGUGUUUUAGAUUUCACCACGCCAAGAAGAAUACUAAAUGAAACAAUACCUGAAAAGAAUACAAGUGAUGACUCUGUUGUUGUUUUAAGUGACUCACCUAUUCAUCCUACAGUGAACAUGGUAACAGAUACAAAUGAUAAUCAUACAGAUAGAAAUGAUAAUCCAAAUGCACAUAACAAUUCUCAAUUAAACAAAGAACAGAAAGGAAUUAAGAAACGCAACUGGGAUGAAGAAUUGCGAGCGCUUGUACCUUCUUCUGAAAAUACUUACCCAACUUCUGUUCCAAAAACUAGUAGGAAAAAGAAAAAGGCAGAUAACAAGUCAACCAAAGAAAAUGAAAGUAAUGACAGUAAAGCAGAAGCUACAAAAGCUAAAAAAUCCAAAAGGAAAACUAAGUCUGCAGAAAUUGUGGAAGAACCUCCAAUAAGUGAUCUAAAAGUAGACAAGAAAAUCAAACCAUCAAUUAAUAUAAUAUCUGCUGUGAAGCAUCCUAUUACAAGUGAACCUGAAGUUGUUGACAAACCGAAGCCAAUUGAAAUGGAAAAUGAAAUAGAUACACCAGAAAAUGAAAGAUUGUCUUUACAAAAUGUUAUUGGGGCCAAACUUAAUAUAUCAGAUUUAUUUGAAACACCUUACAAACAGGCACUAUAUGAUAUACAAAUGGAAACGCCUAAAUUUCUAGGUCCAGAUUUACCAGAUGAACCAAUAUCGGAAAUAAAAAUUAUGAAUAUACCAACUCCUCGAUUUUUUGAUACGCCAAACCCUACUCAAGCAACACCGACGUCAUAUUCUUCUCGGCCCACUGAUUAUUCCAGUGGAGGCUCUUACUACAAACCCGACGAUCAAGAAUAUGUUCCCAUUCCAGAAGUUGCCGAGUGCAAGAUUACUGAAUCAAAGUCUAAACCUAAGGUUUCUAAACCCAGUGACAUUCAAAAAGUAUCACCUAAAGACUCUGAUGUGAAAUGUGCAAAAUCAAGACGACCUGUUCGAAAGUGCACCAAAAAUGUGUCUUAUUAUAAUUCUCCAAUUGUAAAUAAUUCGACGAGAGCUGGUGACGUAUCAGACGAAGAAGAGAAGAAAACAAAUAAAUGUAACAUGUCGCGAGAGAAAGAUGCUACACUGACUAAAACUAAGACUGUAAAAUCUAGACCAACAAAGACUAAUCUUCAGAAGCAUAAGUCACCUUUUAAGAAAGAAAAUCCUAAAAAUUUCAUGAAAAUUAAGCCAAGACCUCCAAUUAAAAGUACUAAAAAUAGAAAAAAUUCUAGUGAACUAACAAUAUCAGCCAGAAAAAUAAUUAAUAUUAAAGAGAAAAGUCAUAACAUUUCACCUACACUAGCAGAUGUUCCUACAAAAUCAAGAAGGAAGUCUUCAACACCCAGAAAACUUCACUGUAAUAAAACAUUUCACUCAUCUACUUCGAGCAAUACUUCUCCGGAUUUGCCGUUAGUACCUGAAACUCAGAGUAAAAAUGUUAAAAUAUGUGUCACACAUGAUUCAGAUAGUGAGCAUCAAGCUCUGCGAUGGUCUGAUGAUGGAUCCCAAGAUAUUAAACAAAAAUCCGCUGACGAAGGUUCUGUUACAGAAAAUGAGGAUACGAUAUCAAAAAUUCAAGAAUAUAUUGAAAAAAUUGAAACUAUCAAAAGUGCUAAUAUUGAUAUUCCUAACCGACCUUUAGGAAGUUUGCAAAGCGAUUUAGUUAAAAGAGAAUCUGAUCUUGAAACUGCAAAAAUAAUAGAACGAGAUUUAUUAGAUACGCCACCGAUACAGGAUGGUGCCGUUCAGUCCACUAGUAACGACACAGUCGAAGAUAACAUAAACCAAAAAGAAGUUGUAAGAGAAUCGGAUAAAAUUGAAGUAAAUGUUAAAGAUGGAACACUAAAACCUGAAAUACAGAAAGAUGACGAGAAAGAAGACGAUGACGACGAGAAUGAUGAUAUUGAUUUUGAUAUAAAAGAAACAAAUGAAAAUACUAACAAUUAUUUCACAUACAACUUUGAUGAAACAAAAUAUAAGCCUAAUCCAGAUGUAGUUAAAUUGAAAGACAAAUUUUCUAUGGAAGUAUGUAUAGAUGAUGGAGUAUCCAUUCGUUUGAGGGCCACACAAUUCAGUGUUCUGUUAGAUCAAGAUCCAGUAGAAAUUAAGGAAAUUGAUUCAAAAGAAUUGGAAUCGGCUGUUUCCUCAAUAUCUAAUAUAGAAAGGUUGUAUACACCAAUCAAAGAUCCCAGAGAGAGAUGUUAUGAAAUAUUUGAUUCUACAUUGACUAGUUUGGAUACGCCGUUAAAACCGGCCAGUCCUAAGUAUCACAAUGAAAAUUCCGUUACUGAGAUUGUUUUAGAAGUGGAAAAUAUAAGUAGUAAAGCAGAGGUUAAGAAGAGGAAAAGAGUGCAGAGUGGAGUUUCUGAGGAGAGUCCUAGUGUGAAACGGACAAAAUCGGACAGUCAAUAUUUAAUAAACCCAGCUAGCAUACAGAAUAUGGAUAUAGAAUCAGUAUUGAGCAAAUUGCAUGGACCAUUUGAUGUAGACUAUAAGUUAAAAGACUAGUUUAGUAUAGAGGUAUAAUAAUUUAGUGAGUUGAUCUGACAAUUUGUUAUACAUGUAAGUGUUAUGUUGACUUUCAAAAUGUUAAUUCGAUUAGAGUUAUAUUUUAGUUUACCAGAAUUGUGCUAGACACAAGAAAAUAUUAUGUAAAUUAUGUACAGUAAUAAAGAUUUAAAUUUUACACAUGUAAA